CCGGAGCACCCCCCGAAUCGGGCCCGUGUGCACCCCAGCCAGCUCAGGUGACCAGGAGGGCGCCGGGCACACCUGGCGCCGUCCCCUGACCCCGCCCCGGGCCGGGCCGCACCCCGGAAGGCUCUUUGGGGGAGCCAGCGCGGCGCAGCAGGGCCAUGGCAGCAGCGCCAGCGGUGGGCGUCCCGCAGGGGCCCCCGCCGGGGGCAGCGUCCCCGCCGGCCUGCGCGCCGGGGCCUGCGUCCGGCCUGGGCCGCUGCCGGAUGGCGCUGCUACUGGCGGUGGCGCUGGACGUGGCGGGCAUGGCGGCGCUGCUGACCGGCGUGUUCGCGCAGCUGCAGGUGCGCGGCCGCGACUUCGGCGACCUGCUCAUCUACUCGGGCGCGCUGCUCGUCUUCCUGAGCCUGCUCGGCUGGAUCCUCUGGUACACUGGCAACAUCGAGAUCUCGCGCCAGGAACUCGAGCGCGACUACGGCCUGCGGCCCUCAGCGCUUGCCCGCCUGGCGCGCAAGCUCUCCCGCCGCUGGUCUGCGCCGGCCUCCUCCUCCGGCCCGCGCGCCGCGCCCGGCUCUCUGGGGACGCGCCGUGCCGCCCGCGCGCCCCCGCCGCCCGCCGCCGGCUCCCGCCGCGUGCGCCUGCAGCUCGCUACGCUCGAGGCCGGGCCGGGGGCGGCGGGUGCGGGCACCGAGUGAGCCCGAGACAGCCCCACAGCCCCACCUGUGAGGACAGGACUGCGUGUGCAGCUGCACCCACCGCCAUCUGGGCCACCAGGAUGCCUGCUUGUCUGCCCCUAUCCUCUCUCGGAUAAAUGGCUCUGCCUCCUA